AUGGCGCCGAAUAGCCAGACGCCUGGCGACCAUGACAGCCCUACCUCUAAUCAUAUCCCCCUCCAAGAUCUCUCUCGAUUCGAUGGCCCCGCGGCUGAGGAGCGCAGCAGAGGUCGCGCCCACAGCGCCGGGAGCAGCCUCUUUUCUCGACGGUCAUUGAUCAGGGGAGGGUCGCGGACGCAUUACCAGAGCGUGGCAGAGGAAUCUCCAGUUGAUUUGGUCGGCGCGAUCAGGAAUCCAUUCCGGCCAGCUCGUUAUGCUGAGCCUGAUCCUAAUGAGAUCUCUCCUGAAGCCUUGGCGCAAGCGAUGUCAUUCGGUAUCAGUUUCGACGACCCGCACCCGACAGCAGCGAUAGCAGGCCCCUCGUCGAUGCAUGACUUCAACGAUGCUGCAUCCGAUCUCGAUAAUGUGCCGCUGGACGCCUACCAUUAUCACGACUCCGAUCGCUACGUUCCUCCACAUGUCGAAGAUGAAGAUGACACCGCACGAUUGACGGAUCCUCGAUACCUCCAGCCCAUUAGUGGUGCCCCCGGGGAAGAAAAUCGACAGAGUAGUGACACGGGUGCUCACUCUGUACACUUCGGGCAUGGGGCGCGGUUGGGCGAUGACCUGCCUCAUGUUGAGAACGGAUUGGCGCGGAGUAAUGCUAGUAGUGGCCGGUCUCGAUCCCUGUCCCCCUCGGCUUCUGGUGGAGCCCUGCAACGAGCCAGCUCUAUGGUGAAAUCCAUGUCGCAACGUGUGGUCAACCUAAGUAACGAGCCGGAGCUUGGCCUACAGUCAAUCGAGAGAGAGGAGUCUCACAAGAACUCGCGGUUGGAAGGGCCCCCAGUGCUCCCUGCGAUGCCCGACUAUGCGCACGAUCCUUCUCCUCAAAUGGCUGCACGAGAGAAACGGGCAUCUUCAAAAUUGUGGAGGUAUCGAAACAACCCAUUCCGAGGCAGGUCGCUUGGUAUGCUGGGUCCGAAUCAUCCUGUUCGACUUUGGCUCUGUGAUAUUCUCGUUCAUUCAUUCAUGGAGCCUUUCAUUCUGGGCAUCAUCAUUAUCCAGACUGUCUUGCUCAUCGUGGAAUCCUCCCAGUCCGUUUUCAAUCAACCCAUGAGUGCUCGAUGGGGUAGCAGCCCGCUAGAGUAUGUCUUCUUCGUCAUUUUCGUCAUUUAUACCCUCGAAAUAAUUGCCAAAAUUCUGGUGUCCGGCUUCAUAUUCAACCCAGCAGAGUAUAGUACUCUCAAUCGGUCUCUGGGUAUUCGAAAAGGGAUGGCAGAGAAGGGCAGGAACCUGAUCACGCCUCAUCGACAACUGACGACCAAAAAGGUCUCAUUUCUCCCGCAGGAACCGCAGAGUUCUAUUCUUCGGACGUUCACCGGGAUGAAUGGACUGGAUCAAUUCGCUGAAAACUACGACGAUCCUCUUCACAAGCGCCGCGUUAGACUUGCCCAUCGGGCUUUUCUUCGACAUUCAUUCAACCGACUAGACUUUGUGGCCGUUGUGGCAUUCUGGGUUUCUUUCUUUCUCUCUCUACAAGGGGUGGAGAAAACCCACCAGCUGUAUAUUUUCCGCAUGCUCAGUUGCCUUCGAAUCUUGCGUCUCCUUGCUCUCACGAACGGCACUUCUGUAAUUCUUCGAAGUUUGAAGCGAGCCGCUCCUCUGCUGGUCCAUGUUGCAUUUCUCAUUGGAUUUUUCUGGCUUCUUUUCGCCAUCGUGGGAAUCCAAAGUUUCAAGUCCAGUCUCCGACGGACUUGUGUCUGGGUCGACCCGGAGGGUCAAAAUAACUAUACCUCGAACGAUCAGUUCUGUGGAGGGUAUCUUGAUAAUACGACUGGAGCCAAGAUGCCUUGGCUUGAUAAGUUUGGCAACCCUUCCACUUCAUCAAAAGCGAAAGGCUACCUCUGCCCGCAGGGCUCUUUAUGCAUGGAAGGCUCGAACCCCUAUAAUGGAACCCAGAGCUUUGACAAUAUCGUGCAGUCUUUAGAGUUGGUUUUUGUCAUCAUGAGUUCCAAUACUUUCACCGACUUGCUUUACUAUACCACCGACAGUGACUACCUAUCGGCGGCGCUGUUCUUCGCUUGUGCUUUGGUCAUUCUGAGUUUAUGGUUGGUCAACUUACUUGUUGCGGUUAUCACCCACUCGUUCCAGGUUAUCCGAGAAGAAAGCAAGCGAAGUGCUUUUGCCAUCCAACAAAUCGAUGCGGUUGACAGUGAUGAAACCUUAAAUCGAAAAAUGAGCUCCCUGAAACGCAUCUAUGACAAGACUGAGUGGCUCUGGGUGUGCCUUAUCUUCUUUGACCUGGUUGUUCAAGCUUUGAGAAGUGCCUCCAUGUCAGAUGAGCGAGCCCAGUUCAUUGAUAACACAGAGACAGUUGUCACGAUUGUAUUUCUGGUCGAGAUUAUUCUACGAUUUGCGUCGGACUGGCGCGUCUUCCAUCGGAAACGCCGCAACUGGUUUGACCUCUUUCUCGUGGUGGUCACCUGCAUCAUCCAGAUACCCCCGAUACAUAACUCAGGCCGUGCCUACACUGUUCUCACGCUGUUUCAAAUUCUCCGGGUCUACCGAUUUGUACUGGCAUUUUCCGUGACCAGGAAGCUCAUCAUGGUCGUUUUCCGCAACGUUGUUGGUCUGCUCAACCUUAUCUUCUUUCUUUUCUUGAUGACAUUCCUUGCUUCGAUUUUCGCAACCCAGCUGUUCCGAAGCCAGAUUCCCCCCCAAGACUCGAGUGGCAACACCAUCAGUACUACGUUUGCUGAUAUCUACAAUUCCUUCUUGGGAAUGUAUCAAAUUCUCUCGAGUGAGAAUUGGACCGACAUUCUGUACACUACCACCACUUAUACGGUGGACUUCAACACUGCCUGGAUCUCCGCUGCAUUUAUUAUUCUAUGGUUCAUCGUCGCCAACUUCAUUAUUCUGAACAUGUUUAUUGCUGUCAUUCAGGAGAGCUUUGAUGUGUCAGAAGAUGAGAAGCGAUUGCAGCAAGUACGGGCGUUCUUGGAGCAGAAGCAUGUUGGUGGGAAUGCGCAAGGGAAUCUUGCUCUGUCGAAAAUUCUUCGCCUCGGCAGAGAUUCGGACCGCUACAAAGACCCUCUAGACCACGGCCCUGCCGCGCUGGAGAUGCUUCUUAAGGACGCUGUCGUCCGAGAAUUCCUUGAUGAGGAGGAAGAGGAAGAGGCGGAAAUCGAAAACCAACACCGGGAAAAUACAACCGUGCCAGAGGGGGCGACACAAGAAGCCGUCCAGCCAGGCAUGCUUUCUCGACUAUGGACCAAGGUUACCUCCUUCAUUUUGGGUCGUGAACCAAACCCGUUCUAUUCUAAGCUGCAGUUUUCACGAGCUUACCAGGAACUAGACCCACGGACUAUGGCCAGGGAAGUUGUGUCUGCGGCCGAGGCCAGAAAGCGUGCACAGCGGGAGUAUCUAGUCAAGCACCCCAACUACAACAAGUCGUUGUUUAUCUUCUCGCCGCAUAACCCUAUCCGGAAAUUGUGCCAAAAGAUUGUGGGUCCUGGACGAGGACACCAGCGAGUUGAAGGUGUGGACCCGUAUAAACCACUAUGGUAUGCGUUCUCGGCAUUCAUCUAUGCCGCUAUUGUGGCCAUGGUGCUCCUUGCCUGUAUCACAACACCAUUGUACCAACGACAGUACUUUCGCACCAAUCGCAACUGGUUUGUGUAUACCGACCUGAGUUUCGCUAUUAUCUUCACCGUGGAGGCGGCCAUCAAAGUAGUUGCUGAUGGCUUCUUUUGGACACCCAACGCGUUCUUCCGCAGUUCCUGGGGCUUCAUUGACGGUAUCGUGUUGUUGACACUCUGGAUCAAUGUUGGCGGCUCUCUGAGAAAAGACUGGAACGUUUCCCGAGCGAUUGGUGCCUUCAAAGCGCUGAGAGCUCUGCGUUUGCUGAACGUCUCCGACAGCGCCAAGGACACCUUCCACUCGGUUAUUAUUGUUGGAGGAUGGAAGGUUGUGUCUGCAGCGGCUGUCUCGAUGAGUUUUCUGAUUCCAUUUGCCAUCUACGCCGUCAACUUGUUCAACGGACAGAUGGUUACAUGCAGUGAUGGUAAUUUCGUGGGAAAUCUGACUGAUUGUGUCGGCGAGUACGCUAGCUCGCCUUACAAUUGGAAUGUGCUCGCGCCACGGGUCGCAACCAACCCGUACUAUGACUUUGACGACUUCGGCAAUUCCCUCUUCAUCCUCUUCCAGAUUGUUUCCCAGGAAGGUUGGAUCGACGUGCAGGACAGCGCGAUGCAGAUUACCGGGAAGGGCCUACAGCCGCAGGACGGAAGUGCUCCGGAGAACGGUCUCUUCUUCGUUGUCUUCAACUUGCUUGGAGCAGUGUUCGUCUUGACGCUGUUUGUCUCGGUCUUCAUGCGCAACUACACGGAACAGACCGGUGUUGCCUUCUUGACUGCCGAACAGCGAUCGUGGCUGGAACUGCGGAAGCUCCUCCGACAGAUCUCGCCGUCCAAGCGCUCCUUCAACGAGACGAGCAACAGAUGGCGCUUAUGGUGCUAUCGAAUCGCCGUCAAAAAACAUGGCCGAUGGGCGCGAUUCGUGACCUGCAUUCUUGUGGUGCAUCUUCUCCUUCUGGUACUCGAGUACUAUCCCGAGCCUGGCUGGUGGGCGAUGACUCGCACCAUCUUGUUCUUCAUUUUCAUGUAUGUCUAUAUAGCCAAUGUACUGAUCCGAUUGAUCGGUCUUGGAUGGCAUCGGUUUACCCGAAGUUCUUGGGAUCUUUAUUCGCUUCUUGCCGUCCCUGGUGCGUUCAUUACAGUCAUCCUGGACCUCUCAUAUCCAACCCAGGUUGUGCUCGAGUUGAACAAGCUAUUCCUCGUCUCGAUCGCCUUGCUGCUCAUCCCACGGAACAACCAGCUCGACCAGCUCUUCAAGACUGCCGCGGCUAGUCUGCCGGUAAUUGCCAAUCUCCUGGCUACUUGGUUUGUUUUGUUUUUGGUGUUUGGCAUCGCAAUGAACCAAGCUUUUGGUCUAACCAAGUUCGGUGGCAACGAGAACCAUAACAUCAAUUUCCGCGACGUGCCCAAAUCCUUGAUCCUUCUGUUUCGGGCUAGUUGCGGUGAAGGCUGGAAUCAGAUUAUGGAAGAUUUCGCGACGAUGGUGCCUCCACUCUGCACAUACGAUUCCAACUUCCUUGAUGAUGACUGCGGCGGGGCCGCCUGGGCUCGGACUCUCUUCAUCAUGUGGAACAUCAUCAGCAUGUACAUUUUUGUUUCGCUGUUUGUUUCACUCAUCUUUGAAAGUUUCUCGUACGUCUAUCAACGCAGCAGUGGACUGUAUGCGGUUAGUCGUGAAGAGAUUCGCCGCUUCAAGCAGGCGUGGGCGACCUACGACCCGGAUGGAUCGGGCUUCAUCUCUAAAGAGCAGUUCCCCCGGCUUCUUGGUGAACUUUCCGGUGUCUUCGCGAUGCGGAUCUACGACAGCGAGUUCACCGUUGGGGCUAUCUUAGACCAGUGUCGAGAAACCCCGCGCGACUCUGUGCACUCGUUGCACUCGAUGCAUAACGCGAUACCUCUCCGCGCUCGAGAAUCUGUCCAGUCCUUGCGGCCAAAUGGCGAGAAAGUAAUUGCGACGGGUGUCGAUAUCAAGAAACUGUCCCGCAUCAUCGACCGCAUCCCGGUCAAUAUCAUUCGACAGCGGCGCCAGCGCCUCAACACCUUCUAUGAAGAAGUUCUUGUCUCAGCGGACCCUGAACGGGGCAUCUCCUUCCAUCAGUGUCUGAUGAUCCUCGCCCAUUAUAAUAUCAUCAGCGACAGUAAAAGCUUGCGACUCGAAGAGUUCCUCCGUCGUCGUUCCCGACUCCAGCGCGUUCAGGAAGCUGUGCGCCGUAACACGGUCAUUGGCUUCUUCGAUACCCUCUACUGGUCUCGCGAGUUCCGUCGGGCCUGCGACCGCAAGAAAUCCAGUCGCAUGACCGCCGUCCCGCAGUUCACGGUGCCCGAGAUCUACGUCGACGAUCCGGCCGAGGAUACGCCUGAGGAGCAGGCGAUGGGCACGAUGACACCACAGACCCUUCCAGAUCCCGAUUCGCCAUUUGCGCCCAUGCUCUCGCCGACAUCGACUUCCCACCGUCGGGCCGAGUCUAGCCCGACUGGACACCGGGGCAACCUCCCUCGUCUGGACACCAACCUUACCGGCCGGGCCUCCGGCGCCAGCACCCCCACGGAAUGGUCGAGUAUCAGUCCAUCCCGUACUCCCCGCCACAUGUAUGGCGAGCGCGUAUCAUUUGAGUCCAGCGAGCGCCCCGAAGCGUCACCCGCGGGUACUCUCCACUCUCGUCAGAAUAGCGCGAUUAGCGUGCAGGAUGUCAUGCACUCACUGGACAACUCCGUCUGGGGCGAGAGUAUCCGGCGCAGUUUCACGCAGCGGCGACCAGGCGACCGAUCUUCUGAGCAGUAG